UCUGACUUCAACUGUCAGGUGGACGAGCCGACCGACGGUCCUUUCUGCCUCGUUUUCUUUCUUGUUCAGACACACACUCGCUUUUCACAAUGCCUCGCUUACCGUCUCUCGUUUCGCUUCUGUUGCUUUCGCGCUCCUUUCUCCCCGGUGUGUCGGCUGAAGAGACCGAGGUGGUGACAUGCGCGACAUCAACGCCCAAUCCCUUUUCGAACCCGUCGUUUGAAAGUGGUAUCACCGGCUGGGGAUUUGCCUCGGGAACCUCUGGCAAUGUUGUCUCGGGUGAUGCAGCCGACGGCUCUUCAUAUGUUGAGACGAGCGCGACCAGCACAUCGGUGACUGUCCUACUAUACCAGAGAAGUAGCACGUUCAUUACGAAUGGCCAGUAUACCGCAUCAUUCCAAUAUCGCAUCAAGCCGACUAGCGCUCACGCCAGUAUGACUUGUUAUAUCAAGGCGUACAUGGACUCUUUCACCACAGCCGGCCUCCUCGGAAGUGCCACCCAGUCUGUCUCUUCAAGCACGGUUGGUUGGGAUACUCUUUCGUUCAGCUAUACUCCCACCACCGCCGGAACACACACAUUUGAGAUCUAUGGCUAUUGUACUGGCACCACCCAGUAUACUGGAGCCGCUAUCGAUUUGGACAAUGUACAAUUUGUUGGACCUGCGGUCACCUCAUGUUCGACCCAGACCAUCACGCUUACCCCUACGCAAGCCCCAACAUCCACCGUGAUUCCUCCCACCACUGCAAUUCAGACACCCUCCUUGCUAGUGUCAUCUCCGUCUGUGCUUUCAUCGUCGAUAGUUACUUCCCCCACGCCAUCGGCUGUGACACCAGUGGUGAUUACCAGCAGCAGCACACCCUCCUCGCAGGUCUCAGUGGUUGUACCUUCUCUUAGCACUGCUUCUUCCGCCAGCGCUGUUGCACCGUCCAGCGUUGCUACUUCGCCCAGCGUUGCUGCUACAUCUGGUGCUGUUGUUUCGAGAAUCAGCUCUUCAUCUGCCGUCUCUCCUUUCUCGACCAUUGCAGUCUCGGUUCCUUCUUCAAGCGGAGCAGGGACUCUGUCUGUUUCUUCCGCCCCUGUGUCUGCAUUGAGCUCUCAGACUGCUAUUUCUGUACUCAGCUCUGUGGCUGUUAUUUCCCCAGUCUCUUCGGCGUCUCCCGUCAUUUCUUCUUCCUCCGUUGCUGUUAUUGCAGCCUCUUCCGUCGCGCCACUUGCCUCCUCCAGCAGCGGUGUCAUCGCUUCUGGUGCUCCCUCCACGAGAAGAACAACCUACAUCACCGAGACUAUGACUGUCUCGGAGACAAUUUGCUCCACAAGAGCAUCCCAAACCCAACCCACUGCUAUCGUGACAACCACUGGAACUUCUGGCCAGGGCGACUCGAGCGGAACGGAGGGCGGAAGCACUACAUCAACCAUUCUCAGCACUCGCACUGCAACCAUCACCGCUUGCCCAUCGAGUGUGUCGGACUGUCCUGCCUCUGCAAAGAGUACUUUUGUGACCACCGAGACUCUGGUGGUCUCUACAACUAUUUGCCCUGUCACAAUGACCCAGGCUCAACCUACCAUUGGUGCCUCGCUUACAGGAGGAUCCAAUACUGCUCUGCCAGGCGGUGAAGAGGGCCGAAGCACUACCUCCACUGUCUUCAGUACUCGUACUGCAACCAUCACGGCGUGCCCUUCCACCGUCCCUAACUGCCCCGCUUCCGCAAAGAGCACUUUUGUUACUACCGAGACUCUAGUCGUCUCAACGACUGUGUGCCCCGUGACUGCUUCUGCAACGGCCCACGGCAUUAGUGGUGCCUCCACAGCCACAGUCCUUCCGACGGCCAGCGUUGGAUCGAAUUCUGGCUCCAGUGCGGCUUCCAACUCCUCAUCUGGGCCUGGCGUUGUUUCAGGCUCGGGCUCGUCUGCUGGCUCCAAUUCUGGCUCCAACUCUGGCUCCGAUUCGGGUGUUUCUUCUGGCACUGUCACUAGCAAUUCUAGUGGUUCACAUGCUGGCUCAGGCCCUGGUCUCUCUGGUGGUUCUUCUACUGGUUCUUCUGCUGGAACCGGCUCCGGCUCCAGCACCACCUCCGGUAGCUCUGCUGGCACUAGCUCUGGCAACAGCUCUUCUGCCGGCUCUAGCUCCGGCUCUGCCUCCGGCUCCGGCUCCGGCACUACCUCUGGUAAUAGCUCUGCUGGCUCUAGCUCUGGCAACAGCUCUCCUGCCGGCUCUGGCAACAGCUCUGCCGGCUCUAGCUCCGGCUCUGUCUCCGGCUCCGGCUCCGGCACUACCUCUGGUAAUAGCUCUGCUGGCUCUAGCUCUGGCAAUGGCUUUUCUGCCGGCUCUGUCUCCAGCUCCGGCUCCAGCACCACCUCCGGUAGCUCUGCUGGCACUAGCUCUGGCAACAGCUCUCCUGCCGGCUCUGGCAACAGCUCUGCUGGCUCGAGCUCCGGCUCUGUCUCCAGCUCCGGCACCAGCGCCAUCUCCGGUAGCUCUGCUAGCACCAGCUCUAGCAACACCUCUUCUGCUAGCUCUGACUCUGACUCCAGCUCUUCCAGCGGCUCUAGCUUUGGCAAUGGCUCUGCUUCCGGUGCUAGUGCUGCCUCUGGUUCUGCCUCCGGUUCUGCCUCUGGCAAUGGCUCUUCCACCGGCUCUAGCUCCGGCUCUAUUUCUACCGGUAGCUCCGGCAAUGGCUCUUCUUCCGGUGCUAGUGCUGUCUCUGGAUCUGCCUCUGAGUCGAGUUCUGAUAUUGCUCCUGUCACUGUCAGUGGUGUCUCGCCAGUGUCUGAGUCUGGAGACCAGACUGGAAGUGAACCUGAACAGGAUGGAGCCACCUCCAAGGCACCUAGCGCAACCAAUUCUCAGACCAUUGGUGCUGCUUGGGGCAAGAACAUUUCUGCUCCUGCCUCGUCUAGCACUGGGUUCCAAAGGAUCCACAGCAGCACUUCAGCUGCUGCAUCUUCCACUGCUGCAGUGACCGCAGUCUCAACCGCGUCUAGUGCAGCUGGUGCUCUGUUCACCGGUGCGGCUUCCGCCAUGCACAUUACAAAUGGGCAAAUGAUUGGAUCCCUUGCUGGUGGCUUGGUGUCUAUGCUCCUUAUGUUUGUCUAAGUGGCUCGACACUAUAAAGUCUAGACACCAUUAUCAGUAAAUGGCUCCCCGAGACCAGACACUCUUGCCUGUCACGGCCUGCUUGUUCAUACCUACUAUAAUAGUCUUUGUACAAAGAUGAAUGUAUAUUCAUGAUCUGACCAUAAUAUCUACAAAUGAAGUGACAUGAUCUGGG